AUGGUCAUGAAGACCCAGAUUCUCCUGUUAUUUUUUGCUCUGCUCUGCUCGCUUCCCACGACCAACGGAUGGUGUUUCAAUGCCGCUUGUAAUAUGAAAUGCUCUUUUCUUUACAGUAAUGUAAGUUGAUUACCUAUACUUCGACGCUACGACUUUUCGGGUCAACGACAGUUCCGAUCGACGAUACUUUUGGGUCGUUGCAUGCAUGAGGAGGCUAUUAUAGGAGAAGGCUUAGUUAGUAGAAAUAAUAAGAUUGAGCCAAUCCUAAUAUAGUUUCUUACCAAUUUUGAUAAUGAGGUAUUUUACAUGUAUUGAAAAAAUAAAACUUCCUGACCUUAUUUUUUAAAGCAGGUAUUGCUACAAUAUCUCAGGAUUAAGAAAACUAGGAUUGGCAAUAGCUAAAAUUAUAGAAAGUUGUCAUAUUGUAAGUCUCCGCCGAGCCUUUCACGUUCGCCUUGCGUCCAAUAGCUUUGUCAGGCCUCGUAGGCAUUUCCAACAACCGUUUUUCUGGGUACCCACCAGCUCUACGCCCGACCGAGUUUGCAAUGACCCGAACUGUCGUCUACCCGAAAGUCGGGAUGCGUUUUGUUUUCUCUGAAGUUUUGGGAAAGUCUGUAAAAAGUGUAGCGCAAAAAUGGCGCUUUAUAUUAUAGAGUCGGCAAACCUGCGGAGGUAGCUGUGUGAACGGGAGAUGCCGGUGCUACGUGCUGCGAAAAGAUCACCCACCAGAUGUUGAAAUGACAACACCGCAGCAACCUUUUCAAAAGUUUUAAGAAGAAUAAAGGCUUAUCAUGAACUGGGAUUAAAGUUGCUAAAACUCAUUUAUAGCGCCAAAAAUAUAAAAAAAGUCUGAGCGCAGCCUUGAGAGAUGUCUUAGAAAUGAACACAUAAAGUCAUCCUGAUUUACCAGGCAGUAAUAAUGCUAAUAACCACCGUUCUUUCAGAGCCGACAACAAUUCCGUGGAGAAUGCGUCCGUGGGAAAUGCCAAUGCAUUGCAGUGACCGGGCCGCCUCCGGAAGAGCAAGAAACAACCGUUUGA